CCGAUCCUCGCAUGGGUUGUUGGGUGAUUCACCACACAGCGGUGGCCCGGAGGUCUGGUUGGGGAAACGGCGCCGCGGUACCGUUUCGCAUGCGACUGACAGCGUCGUUGGCCCGGGCAUGACACCCAUUUCACCUUUCGCUGGUGUGUUGGGGGCUUCUCCGCCGGGUGUGGCCGGGGUUCGUGACGCGGCCACGUAUGGAGGUGUGUAUGGUGGUCCAUUGCUGCCAUCCCCACUGUUGCCUAGAAGAAUGGACUAUGUCGCCACGAUUCCUUUAGCACCUGUAUGGUCACAUGCGGUGGCCCCGCCAUGUCCCGCUGGAGGCGGUUCUCUUUCAGGAGAUCGCAGUGGCGCUAGGCGUUGUCCAACCGUUUCAUGUCCAGGAGUCGUGGGCGCGGCGGCGGGCUCGUUUGUGGUGCCGCCUCAGGCUCCCUAUGUCGCUCCUGAUUCCACACCUCCGUUUGGUGAUGUGGAUAACUCUGCGGCAGUCAGCGGCACGCCGUGUUCGGCCGGCAACAGCAUCGUGCGAGUGUGUGUGUGGGACGCAUGUCGGAGACGGUUGUACGCUCUCCGGGACGCUAUGGCCGGUGUGGGUGACCAUCGCGGACCGGUCAGCGACGUUAUUGAUCGGCUGCUCCACUGGUCCUUGCCAGCCAUCCGUGUGGAGUUUGGAGGCGAGGAAGCAAAUGUGAUUUCUUCUUCGUUGCCAUCUCGGGUGUGUGGUCGAGAUUUCACGUUGCGUUAUAUGCCAGGCGAUUCCGGUGUUGACUACGGUCAGGGGGGUUCGCAGGGUUUAGCGAGCGGAGGGCUGGGGGAGUCUCAUGACGGAUCACAGAACUCGUUCCCGUCAUCGCGUCGCGCAUCGCAGCGCAGUGACAGAGGGGGCGGCAGACCCCGCAGCGGGGGUCGCUGCACACCGACACCUGCCCGACCGCAGACGUGGUGGGAUAGUUGGGACGGUGUUGACCAGUGCGGUCCUGGACCUGAAAUUGACCGUGCCAGUAUUGAGGAGGCGAUGGCGUUGUGGAGUGGACCGACGACGCCGGAUGUUGUGUUUCUAGAGCCGCAACUCUUUCAUGCGACGGUCACCGCCGGCCUUACGUUCACGCUGCUUGACAACUUUUGUGUUUGUUUAGGGAUGUACUCGGUGCACAAACCCACUUUCUACAAGUUUAUGUGCACAGAACCGGGGGGGCCGGAGGGGUGGAAUGCCAAGGUCGUACGGCAGGGCAUAAAAUAUUGCGAGCUUGCCAUUGACACUGUGAUGCGCCGUGGUGAGCCAGUGACAUUGAUGGUUGAUGGUCGAUAUGACUCUGCCAGAGGCGCGCAACAUUGCACUGUCACCUCGAUGGAGUUCGAGACUCGGCUUGUGGUAGGUGUUAACACUCUCCGUCCGAAGAUUGAAGGCAAGGCAUCGAAUGCGCUUGAGGUGCCAGCCGUCGUGCAACUUUUGCGAGGGCUGAUGGACAAGGGGUUGAAGAUCCGGUGCGUUGUCUCGGAUGAUUGUGUCGCGCUGGGAUCGAAGUUGCGAGCUAUGAACAUCGAGUGGCAGAAAUAUUGCCACCACAAAAUAAAAAACAUUCACAAACAUUUCCACAGUAUACUGCAACUGAAGGAAGCGAAGAAAGUGAGCAGCCCGCACGACUGUGUGUCAGAGACGCAGUUUAUGCAGUUCACGAAGAAGCGGCUAAAGGAGGCGUUGGAGCAGCGUUUCAGACCUGACGUCCUCACACCUGCUGAGGAGCGGAUGAAGAAAUCGGAUUUCGUCGUUGUUGUAAUGCGAAAGAUGUACCCCUACGGAUCGAGGUUGAAUCCUCGAGCGUUGGAGACUGAUCCAGACGGCUUGACAUAGGAGGAGGGCGGAGACGCCGACAGUCUACACCGCGACAUCUUGUUGGUCGCCGAUCAUUGGGCUGGUGAUCAUUCGGGAUGUGUCCACGGUAGGGAGGUUCUGUGCGAGAAGGUCGGUGGGCGUGCACGAUUGCCUUUGUAUAGCCGCACGGACACGGUCUACGAGCUCGUUCUGCGUGUUCUCGACAAACAAUGCAGCACUAACAUCACACCGUACUACGUCGAGUUUCGGCACACAUCGGCGGUGGAGACUUUUCAGGGCACCAUCAUUAUCUAUGUGAAGAAGUCGGUGCAUUUCGAGAAGUCUUUCUGUGCACGUUUGUCGAUCGCAAUGAUUCGGUGGAACAGUCACUGCUGGCGCGACCCGGUCGGGUAUGUUGCUCGCAUUGCUGCGGGCACUUCCAUACGUGCGAGACCAGGCUUCCGUCGACACUAUGGUCACGAGGCGAUCGACUGUUGGGAGGACAGAUUGGCGGCGUCAGUGUUUGGUUCGGCUCAUGUUUCAGACUGGGCUCGAGAGCUUCUGUGGCAGGAGGUUUGUCCUUAUGGAGCCGGACCAUUGCCGAGUGAUUUGUUCGUCAACAGUGGGGGCGACCCGGUGGAAGUUGUUAAUGAUGCUGCCUCAGGUUCCGACCAUGAGGCGGUAGGGGAGAACCGUGUCUUCAUCAUCGGUCACGUGGAGGACGAUGCGGUGCCUGCAUGCGAUGAUUAGGUCCAGACAUCGAGCUCCGAAUCUGAGGGUGAUAAUAUAGAGUUGUUCAGCGUUUGAGUGGUUGAAUGGCUUUAUCGU